UAAUACACAAUCCUUUACCUCUUCUCCAAGAACUCAAGAAGUCAACACGCCCAUUUAGAACCGUUCUAUAUAAUUCAAACCUUCUUUCUUUGAAUAUUAUGAGCAGUUGGAUCAUAUCUUUCACACAAAAGCUUCACAUAAUCAUUCAAAAACCCUAAUUUUCAACAACAUAAUACAUGGCUUUCAUUUGUGGAUCAGGCAUCCAAGAAGACAACUUUGAAGAUAUUUGCAUGCUUCCAUCAACCCCUCAAAGGAAAAUAACAAGAAGAAGACACAGUUUUGGCAUCAGAAGCAAUAAAGAUAACAAGAACCCGUAUUCGAGUCGCGGGCUAGACAAGUUUGAAGCUCUUUUGGCGGAUCUUGAUGGGAAGAGACAAAAGAUCUUUACACAAAAGGGGUCAGAAGAUAUAUCAUUGGUUCGGUUUGUGUAUACAAAUGCAAAUGAUGUGAAACCAAUUGUUGUCAAGGUUAAAGAUCAAAGAAAGCAAGAAAAGGAGCAGAAACAUAAACUCGAAGAAGAGGCGAAAACGCCGGUUUUAUCUCCUGAACAUCAUCCGGUGGGUGGUGGUGAUAAGGUCGUGCCACUAGCAAAACCACAUGUUGUUAGCAAAAAGAGUGUUGGUUUUGGUCAAGUGAGAAGAAAGUUUAGUGAAUGGUGGAGGCCUUGGUAUUGUUUGCCUCUUUUUGUGAUCUUGAUCUUGGUUUUCUUGGUGUUUUUCGGGCGGUCUUUCGCGAUAUUGUGCACUUCUAUUGGGUGGUAUUUAGUACCCAUGAUGAACCGUGGGUGGUUGGAAAACCCGAAGAGGGUGAAGAAGACCAUGAGGAAAGAAUAUUCAAGAAAAUUGAGUGAGAAGAUGGUAACAUCUCCAAGAAGUAGUGUACUCAACAGUGGACCAAUGAAUACUCAACCACAUCGAAAAAGUUUUUGAUUGGGUUUGAAGAUUAUGUUUUUUAUGAAUUUUUUUUGGGUUUGUUUGUAUCAUUUUUGAAUUUUGUGGAUGAUGAUCCAUGUACAUAACUAAUUUCUUUGUUUUUUUUUUGCCUUUUUGGUUACACUUACACGUUUGAAUGUUGAAGAAGUUGGAAUUCCAAUGUUGUACAUAUAAACUCAAGGGGUCUCGUCACGGUCUUGUUAAACCAACGGGAUCAUGGGAUUAUGUAGAUCAUAGCUAUAGCUUGUGCUAGACAUGUGUCUUUCAAGAGGUUAUUGUUGGAAACCAUUUAAAGCAAAAUCUAUGGUACAAGGAAUCUAGUGUUUACCGCUGCAUCACCCCUUUAAAGUUUACGAGUUUUGAAUGUUAACGAAGUAGUUGGAAUUUCCAUGUCGUUUGGACACUUUUCGGAACAAUGUUAGUUGAUCUCAAGUUGAAAAUGUAAUUUAACUUCUUUUUGUU